AUGGAUUCACAACAAACUACGGAUUCUACUCAAGAGAACCUAUUCUUAGCCAUGGUUAGGGAUUCACAACAAUCUAUUGAUUCUACUCAAGAGAACCUAUUCUCGGCCAUGGUUAGGGAUUCACAACAAUUCAAGGCAACGGUUUCUUCGAAUCAGAUUGGGAUUUGGUGUUGGGUUGGAGAUGCUAAAUCCUUCAAAAUCGAUGAAUCAGCUUGUACGAAAGCUCUCUCACUCAACCAUCAAUUAAAAUUGUGCAAUCAAGAAUCCAAACACUUCCCACGGAUUGACACGGUGGUCAUCAACAAUAAGUUAAGAUUCAGGGGUGAAAUUGCGCGGAUUGUGCUCGAUCCAGUUUGUGCUUCUUUGAUUUCCAAUCUCCUGCAACAAGCUUCUACUGAAGAACUCGAGAUUGUGUGCUUGGAAUGUAAAGAUGAGAUUCACACCAUUGCGCCAAACCUGACAGGUUCGAAGUUCUUGAUAAAGUUGUUUGCUAGGUUGAAAGAACUAUAUCUUGGUUGUGAGAACAUGAAGAUUCUUCUUGUAUUGACUGUGAAAGAUAAGAAACUGCAAUCAACUAUCUGUCAUCAGAUUGGAAGUGAAACGUUCUUCGAUCUUCUAUGCUACAUUGAAUUUAUGAAUGAAGAAUUUGUGUGGAUUUUGGCUAGAAGUUUGACUGAGAUAAUGAUUAAACAUGGUGUUGUUGAUUUUCUCUUCACUAACCUGUUUGAACGACUUACUCUACUCGAUCUUCGGGCUAGCGUGAUCCCAGCCAUAAAACCAUGGCUUCAGCGUACUCGUGAGCUCCCAUGCUUCGAAUAG